CGACGCCAUUUCGUGUCAGCCGGUUUCAAGGUGCUGCCUACAUUCAGCGAGCAGAGCAGUAAGCGGAUAAACCAUCUCCCGAGUAAAACAAGCUUUCAGUUGUUCUCAUUUUUAGUAUUAAGGUCCUGUUAUUGCUGAGGCUUUAUGUUUUCCUGCAGAGGAGUGAUGUCAUUUUUCAGGCAAUUUUCAAGGACAACAUUUGAACAUUUUGCACAGUCAACAAGCUGGAGUUUUCUUUGCAUAGGACUCUCUUCUCUCCAACAGACAGAAAGGCAGGCAGGCAGCCCUCCACCGAGCCGAUAAAGACACAAUGGACUGGUCGCCGUCCUCCACCUCCAGCUCCAUGGCGAGCAGCAACGUGACCAACAAAAACGACCCCCACUCCCUGAACUCCCGAGUCUUCAUUGGCAACCUCAACACCUUGCUGGUCACCAAGGCCGACAUGGAGGCCAUCUUCUCCAAGUAUGGCAAGAUCGUCGGCUGCUCCAUCCACAAGGGUUACGCCUUCGUGCAGUACUCCAACGAGAGGAACGCCAGGGCCGCCGUGUCUGGGGAGGAUGGCCGGAUGAUCGUCGGACAGGUGUUAGACGUCAGUGUUCUCCUUCCUGCAGACAUUAACCUGGCAGGUGAGCCGAAGCCUCGCCGAUCGAAGACGGCGAAACGAUCAGCAGGAGACAUGUACAGUUCAUCUUUUGAUUUGGAUUAUGAUUUCCAAAGAGACUACUAUGACAGAGUGUACCCGUACCAGUCUCGGGUGCCUCCUCCCGCCCCACCUCCUCUGUCACGUGCCACGGUCCCCUCGAAGCGCCCCAGGGUGAGUCUGAGCAGCGGGGGAAGCCGACGGAGCAAGGCCGCCUUCUCCUCAACCUCCGCCAAGAGCAGCCAGAGGAUCUCCCGCACAAUGAGGACGGACGAUUUACAGACCAUCAAGAGAGAGCUGACACAGAUUAAGCACAAGGUGGACUACCUGCUGGACAGCUUGGAGCACAUGGAGAAGGACCACAGUAAGAAGUCGGAGAUUAAAAGCUCCAAGCCAGAACCCGGCGAGGUGUCUCCGCUCAACUCGUCUACUUCCAGCAAGAAGGAGGGUAGCCUGAAGAGAGCCAGAGGGAGCCAGGAGAUGAACGACUCGGAGGAGGACGGAGACCUGCUGGAGGAUGAGGACGAGGUGAAAAGCAGAGGGCGAGACGAGGACGACGGCGAGCAGGAGGAAGGGGAGGACGACGGCGACAGCACCAACGGAGACGAGUCCUGAACGGGUCACGGAGAGAACAACACCGAUCCGUGCAAAACAAGUCGCGUGUUCAACUUUCUCCACACCACAGUGAUCUGCUCGUUUCUGCCGAAGUGAUAGAAUUUUUUUUUACACGGCUUUGACUUCCCACAGAUUAGAAGUGAAUUCCUCUUUUUCUUUCUUUCCUUUUCUUUUUGUUAUGUUUCAUGUGUUUCCUCUGAAUGGCCCUCUGCUGCUAGUAGACAAAUAUGGUUUUCCAACAUUUGGUGAAAAUCGAAGUUGGGCAGAUGAGAAAUGUAAAUUAUUUCAUGUUUGGGAAUUUUGCUGCGUGUUUUGCCAGAAAUGUCUAAGUUUUUAGGGUCAUGGUCAUAAAACAACACUUCCUCACUGACCCAUCUACCAGCAUCAUGCCGUUCUGUGCGACUUCUUCAUCACUGAGCGAUAGUAAGAUUUACUGUACAACAAGAACUGCUCGCCGGUUUUCUCAAACAUUUUUCUUCACCUAAAAUAUCUCUGUUUUCUCGCAUGUGUUCUGUUUUGUUAGUUGAUUAUUUAAAUGCCUUUUUUUUCACUGUUGACUUGGAACAAAAUGAUAUAAAAUUGCUGCGACCAUAUUUCUAAAUCCGUCAAAAAAGAAAAACCUGCUAAUCCUGCUGCAAUGCUGCAUCCCAACCAGCAGGUGGCAGCCUGCACCAACUACAAGAUCACAAUGACCUGUUUGUGUUCCUCAGACAAUCACUCCUCAUUUUUGCUCCUAAGAUAAAAACGUGAUCGCGCACAUAGUCCACCCUUCCUCCCUAGACAAAUCCUGUUGUUUUAAAAUGUCUUUUAACCAGAACUGACCUCGGUCCAACUCUGUUGACUUCCAUAUUCCUUCUUGACGUCACAGGCAAAUAAACGUGUUGAAGUUUG